UUGCAAUAAAAUUGGUUGAACAAAUGUUCGUCCCCAUUUUAUUUCGUUGGAACGUACCUUGCCGCGGCAGCUGGCCCUUAUAUUAUUAUUGAAAUCCGUAGAAUGUGUGAAAUCUAUUAUUAAAAGUGCGUGUCUCGUGUGAACCUCUGUUAGUGCAAUACAGUGUUAAAAUUUGUAGCGAUGGCUAAGUGAGAAUAUUUCGCACAAAAUGAACUGGACUCUGGAUUUCUCACUGAUAUUAAGAUGAAGGGCGGCUUGUGUGUUAUUUACACGUCGCUGCUGACAAUUUCAGUGCUGUCGAGUUGCGCGUUGUUUAUGCUGGUGGUGUCGGAAGGUCACCUGGGAGUUGAAGGGAGCGUGGACCUCUCUGGGCUGCACAACGUCAGUCAGAAGCGCAGUGCUGUAAGUGAGGAGGACCAGGCUCCGGACCCUGGGCCACAGGAUGAGGCACCAGCUGAGAACUUGGAGAUGCUGAUCGCUGAUUCGUUGUCCCUGAAUUCAGUGACAACAGAUGGAUUACCUGACACUGGACAACCUCCAAUUCUCAUCUCGCUAGCGGACAACGCUAAACUAGACUUGAAAACUCCCGAGGAACUGUUGUUCGUGAACGACUCCGAGCAGCACAACGAAACCAAGACCUUCACUAUUGUAGACGGCAGCGAGGUAUUAGAAGAAAAAGAAGUAAAGGAUGCCGCGGAAUCACACCUCGUCGUCAAAGCCAAGCCUAUGCACGAGGUGCGGCAGACAGAAGAUGCAUUUCACACAACUCCACCCCCUGAGGAACCCGCAGAAUCUCAAACGGAAGACAAUGAGAAAAAACCAAACAUUCCAGUCAAACCAGAAAUGCCACAAGAGGACAUACCCUCAUUCUCGGAGUGGGCGCAGAAACAGCUCGCAGAGGCGGAAAAGAAAGACACUGUCCUGAACCACUCGAGUCAACCUAGUCAUAGCAGUACUAACUUUAGCAGUAAGAGCACAAAACUGCGGUCGAAAAACUAUGCUUCGCCGUCGUGCGCGGCCAAGGUCGUGGCCUGCAACCCCGAGGCUGGCUCCGCCAGCUCCAUCCUGUCCCCCAACACGGACGAAUACAUGCUCAACACUUGCAACAGCCGCAUCUGGUUCGUAGUGGAGCUCUGCGAAGCUGUUCAAGCGCAAAAAAUAGAAAUAGCCAACUUCGAGCUAUUCUCGUCGACCCCUAAAGACUUCGCCGUGUACUUCAGUGAUCGUUUUCCGACGCGCGAAUGGGCCAGCGUCGGACAAUUCACGGCCAAAGACUUAAGAGACGUUCAAAGUUUUGAUUUGUAUCCGCAUCUGUUCGGAAAAUUUAUUAAAGUCGAACUUCUGUCGCACCACGGCUCCGAACAUUACUGUCCCAUUUCGCUGUUCAAAGUGUACGGGACCUCGGAGUUUGAGGUUUUAGAGAAGGAGAGCUCGCAACACGCCGCCCACAUCGAUGACGACGACGAUGAUGACGAAACUAUUGAUGCUCCCGUUGUUCCUGUAGCAGAAACGGAACCGUCUAAAAACCUAUUUGGUUCCGCGAGAGACGCGGUCAUGUCUAUAAUGAAGAAAGCCGCACAAGCGUUAGUCAAAACAGAAGUUCCUAAAAACGUUUCAAGCGAACACAACGACACGUCGACGGACAAAAUGUACAAAAAGUGUUGCUCCCCCAGCCAUAUAAUAGUUUGUGAUAAUUGUAGUGAAUCGCUCUACAAUGAAGUGUACGAACUGGUUAGUUGUAGUUCAGAUAAACUGACUAAUUUAGUGCGACAAGUGUUCCUCCGUGAGACUCUGAAGUGCACCAGUAUAUGCCAGCCUUUCGGCUUGGACUUUAAAAGUACAAAGACUAUCGAGUUUUCCGAAGAGCGCGUGGCAUAUAUGAACGCAUUGUUUCCCCCUAAGUAUUUAGCCGCGUUGUGUAAUAUUCUCGCUAUUAAAGAGAAAAAAGUAGUUUUAAACACUAGUUUCGAAACCGAAUUGAAUGUUACCUCUAAUUUGACCGUUGACGAAUCGCCGCAGAACGUCAGCAGUGAAACGGACUCCGAACAGGACGUGAAGUUAAUAUCGUUCAACAAUGCUUCGUCGGACGAAGCCAACGAGACAGUUGAAUCUGAAGAAAAACCUGUUGUAGUCGAAGAAACCGUUGAGAGACCAGUGCCAGUUGAAAUACCAAAAGAGGAAGAAAGUGAAAACGAGCCGGUAGUCACGGAUGAUAAAAUCGUCCAAGAAAAACCCGAAGAGAAGCAAAUAGAAAACAUAGAAAUCAAAGUUGAUGAAAAAGAUUAUUCCAAAGACAGUAAAAAUAAAAUUGAAGUGACUACCGAGAAAGUUAAAGAAGUGAUAAUUCCACCCGAAGAAGGGAGUGACGGGUUGUUGGAGGACGCGCUGUCGGAUCUCGAUCAGAUUGCGGUGGAUCCGACGCCGGGGCCGGCGUCGCAGAACCAGCACCAGACCACGAUCCAGAAGGAGUCGGUGUUCCUGAGGCUAUCUAAUAGAGUCAAGACGCUGGAGCGCAACAUGUCUCUAUCCGGUCAGUACCUCGAAGAGCUGAGCCGGCGAUACAAGAAACAAGUCGAAGAAAUGCAGAGGUCCUUCGAGAAGACCAUGCUGCAGAUGUCAGAGGAGCGCCGAAAGAGCAACGAGAUCGAACAGAAGUAUCUAGAACAGAUGACGACCCUCCAAGACCAACUAGCGCAAAUGACCGUUGCCAUGAAACUCCUUAUGGAAGAAAGAGACAGCUGGUUCGGUACCAUGACCGUCUUCAAAUUCAUCAUCUACCAAGCGAUACUCAUCGCGGCUGCAUUGUACUACUUCAACAAAACACGACCAGAACCUGUAGUUGUACACAUUCCUAGGAAAGUUAAUAAGAAAAAAGAUAAACUAAGAAGAAAGUCAGUGGAGGGAGUCAGCGGGCACCAAACCCCAUCAGCAAAGAAAAGACGACCAAGCGAAGAGGCCUUACAAAUAACAAGACAAGCAGUAGAAGAAGCCAAUGAAGACGAAGGCGAAUGGCAAGUUGCCAGAAAAAACAGAAGACGGAAAACCUCAAUAAUACACAGAGCUUUAGAAGACUCCAAAGCUCAGUACUGUAGACAGGAUAGCAUGGGCAUGCUUCAAGAAAACCCGAUACCUUUAGACGAAGAAGAAUUCACUGCUCCAGUACCGGAGCCAGUGAAAUUCAACGAGGUCGUCCAACCGAGACAUAAGGUCAACGGGUCCAUAUUCAAUAAUCUAAAGAAGACUAGUAAACGAAGAUUAUCGUCACCCGCUUUCCUAAAGUCCUUAUCCAGACAAAGCACUAGAAGUACUCCUAGUCCUGUAUUAAGAAACGAACCCGUGUUCAACGGUUUAGGGAAAGUAGCAUCGGAAUCUCCGACCGGUAGCCUAUGGUCUGAAUCCACGGAGAUGUCCCAGAAUGGGCAGGCGGAAGGUGGGAAGAAAAAGAAAAGUUUGAAGAACAUUAUUAAGAAGCUGUUUUGAGACUUUAUUUGCUUAGGCGGCGGGUCGGUUUCAGAUUUGUGAUGAAGUUUAAUUGUCAUGGAAAAUUGAGUGUGGAAUUAAGCUAUAAUAUAUAAUCAACGUUAUUUAUCAAUUUUACGCGACAUUUCGUUUAGGCAUUAUUGUAACCGCCUAAGAUUAUUCAAAAGUAAAUGUUAAAUUUUUUAGGCAAUAAUUACUUUGCUUUUAGGGAAUUGUUAUUUGCAUCAAAGAUAGAUAUAACUCCGUAAUAGAUGGAUACAGUCUAAGGAAAAGACGUGCCUCGAGAAUCACGAAAAUUUGAUUCUCGAUCAGAUGGCGCCACUAGUUUUGGCCUACACUCGUAUAGAGGGCGUUGACUGUUUCGUUUGUGUAAUUUUAACGCAUACCAGUGAAAGAACAUGGGUCAAAAUCAUAUAAAAAUAAUUAAUGCAAAAAAAAAAAACAUUUAUCCAUAUUUAAAUACAUUUUAUCGUAUUUUUAUAAAUAUUUAUUUUUAGUUUUAAAGUGUGUCAGAUGGCAGUGAAUUUACUGGGGUUACAAAAUUUACUAUGACAGUACCGCUCUAGUAUAAGUUACUCUAUGUUUGCAUGAAGGAUAAUUUAUCAUUUUAUUAAUGACGUCACAUAAGGCUAUGUGGAUAGAAACAUCACAACUUUGAAACCAAAUCGCGUAAUUAAUUGUGUAUAUUUUUAAUUGCUAUGAAUCAGCUAUUGUAAUUUAUUUCCUCGCAUUGUUUUUAAAUUAUUUUUAGACCUCAGGUAAGGUGCCAAUGUGAUAAAAUUAGGAGCCUAAUAUACCUUUAGCCUGUUGCUAUAUGAGUACGUUUGUGUUGAAAGUUGAUACCAGUAGUUGGCUUGGCUGUGAAACUUGUGGGCCUCAAAAAGUUAUUUUUUGAGAUUUUGGUGUGUUAAUGUUAUAUUUUACUAUUAACGAGCUCUUUUAAUUAAUUAAGAUAAAAGUGUCCCAUGUUUCUGUUAUUCCAUUCUUUAUUCUUUUCCUUUAUAACCUUGCAUGACGAAAAAAACGUUUUUCAUACUUUAAUCUUGCAAUGGAUGAAAAAUAUUUAAUAAAUUACUUCUUUUUCAACCUCGUUUUUAAAAUACUCGUGUGAUCCUUUUAUGAAACUCAUUUUAUUCGUUUCAUAAACCCACACUCGUAUUUUAAUGCCUUUCAUUAUGUAGCAGUCACAUAAAAUACUAUUAAAUACCCAUUUGGCACAGUCUUUUCAAAGUUAGUGUAGAGUUGACUGAAACUUACUACCUAUCUUUACUAUCUUCCUACCUUGUAUUCCAUCUAUCCAAUUUAUUUGUCCAAUGUCAUUGCGUCUCACUCUCUCAUUAAGCAAAAUGUGAGAUGCAAAUACACAUUGCACCAAGGUAUUGCACAGAUGGAAUACAAACCUUACCUACUUAGGUACUUUCUUCUUUCUUUGUUGUAAAGAAUAAUAUCAACAUUUCCAAAAUCUGUUUUUAAAAAAAGGUCCUUAUGCCAAUGGCAUAGAGUCGAUAUUCGAUUGUAUUACAUGCCGGUGACUACUGGGAUGAAUUGUGGAUGAACUAGUGUUGUUUGGACAAUGAGUGAGCUAGUCGCAUGAUUGGAGUUCGUAAACAAAGAAAUCGCAUUAAAUGCAUUAACUUUA